UUGAAAUAGUGAAAAUGGAGGAGAUGAAGAAGAGUAACUUGAAAAAAUGAAGCUAGUAGGAUUUUUAUUAACCUCUAUUGCGCACUAAUUUAAUGCGCAAUAGGACUUAACUAUAAAAGUGCAGUUUAGUCCUAUUGUGCACUUCUCUGAUUCAAUCAGGGGGCUAAUCUGUUCGGCCAAGUGAUUUUUUUGUUCUUGAACCUUGACCAACUCAAGUUGAUCCAAGGUUCUUUCGGUCUCGGACCAAUCCCCUGGCUCUUCUUCAGCCGCGGGAAGGCUUGGUUCUGUCGAAGUGUGCAAAAGAUAGUUUGGUAACUUUUUUUUGUGUGUUAUUUUAGUUCCAAAUCACACUUUUUGGGUCAUUUAAGUUGCGGACUCUAUGUUUUGGUAGUCUUUGUUGACACUGACUGAAAACCACAUCCGUGUAGUAGUACUGUUAGCAUUAUGUACUCUUAUUAACCGAACGCAACCACCCUUUUCUUCACUUUACUGCAUUCAUUUACACACUCUCUUCUUCUUCUUCUUCUUCUUCUUCUUCUUCUUCUUCUUCUUCUUCUCAUUUCUUCUUCAGUUUUAACUAGAGAGCAAAUAGAAUCUAAAAAGGCAUAUGGAAGAAUGUCUGCUUACAGGAGAGAGUAGUAAUAGGAGGAGGUUGAGGCGUUUCAGCUUUGAUAGGCGAGAUGCUAUUGCUUAUGGAUCUGCUUAUCAAAAAGCUGCUGCUUUGGUUGAUCUUGCUGAAGACGGCGUUGGUUUACCUGAGGAAAUUCUUGAGGGAUCGAGCUUUGAGAAGGCAGCAGCUUUGUACUUCGUGUUUAUUAUUCGUUUUGACUUCCUCUGGUCACUUAAUUAUCUCGCACUAGUAGUUCUAAAUUUCCUUGAGAAACCUUUGUGGUGUUCCAAGCAUUUGGCUGAGUCUUGCAAUAACCGAGACUACUACUAUCUGGGAGAGCUGCCAUAUUUGACUGGUGCUGAGUCCCUUAUAUAUUAGGUAAGCUUGUGCAUGGCUGGUCUGAUUGUUAAAUACGAGUCUUUAAUAGGAGUAUGUGAAGAAGCUAAUCAGAACUAUCAAUGGUUCUGAAUUUUCCCUAAUACAGCGAAUUUUAUUGGUUUCGGCCGUCAUCAAGUUUGAUUAUUCUGAAGAGCCUUAGGAGAUGUAGCCUCCUAGAGUUCAGCAUUGAUGCAUGUGCUUCUGCACGGAAACUUAAAUUAAAUCUCUAUAGGAAGCUAGAUGAAGUGUAUUAAAGACUGUUCCCGAAUUCUCAGCAAAUGUUGGCAGGAAAUAACGACAUAAAAGAGAGAUGGAGAGGAUAUUUUGAUCAAUUGUUCAACUCAAAUCACUAGGAUAACUUUGUAGAUACAUAUAACCUUGCACGAUAGAAAUUCUUCCUGCGCUCGUAAUAUUAGAUUGUCAGAAGUAAAGGAUGCCAUGAAAUAUAUGAGUAUCAGAAAAGUUGUUUGGUCUAGAUGGUAUCCGUAUAGAGGUUUGGAAGUAUUUUGAGGAGGUGGAGUAGUUUGGCUGGUCAAGCUAUUUAAUUUUAUGCUAGAAGUGGUAGGAUAUCCAACUAGUGGAGAAAGAGUAUCCGGAUUCCAAUAUAUAGGAACAUAAGAGAUAUUCAAAGUCGUGCGAACUAUCAUGGCAUUGAACUUAUGAGCCACACAGUAAAAGUUUGGGAAAGAGUGAUAGAGUGUGUAAUUAGGGACACUACAGAAGUGACAAAGAACCAUUUUGGACUUAUUCCUGAUAGAUCUACAGCGGAGGUUGUAUCUUUGUUGAGAAGAUUGAUAGAAGUUUAUCGCGUGAGGAAGAAAAAUUUAGGCGUGAUGUUCAAAGACAUAGAGAAAGCUAUGAUAUAGUGUCCAGAGAAGUCCUUUGGUGGAUGCUAGAAAAAGGGAAUUCAUAUUAAGUAUAUAAAUUCCAUGAAGGAUAUGUAUGAAGGACCCACCACUAGUAUGAGAACAAUAUUAGUUGAUACAAAAAGAGUUGUUUUUCCAUUAAGGUAAG